GAGACACAUUGCUUUUCCCAGCUCCCAAGAGAUAAGCACAAGGCCUUCCCUAUAAAGGGAGCUGUAAGUAGAUCAGAGUACGCACAGCUGUGCUGGAAUCGCCGUGUCUGUCAGAAUGCUGGGGGCCCUUACAGCUUUGUUCCUUCUCCUUGCUCAGUGCGGGGCAGGGCCUCAGGAGGAAGGAGGGGUUCCGAGAGUGCCGGCAUGUGAGCACGCAGCCCUGGUACCAGCGUGCCCCCUGAAUUACAGGCCUGUCUGCGGGACUGAUGGAAACACCUACAGCAACGAGUGCCUUCUCUGCAACAGGCGAAGAUUAACCAGGCAAGAUAUCCAGAUUGUGAAGGAUGAAAUAUGUUAAUAUUUGGAGCCCUCCAGGACACCUUAUGAACCACAAGAAAGCUCCGUAAUUGAUGCUCUACUCUCUAAGUUGAUUCAAAAGUACAAAUAACGAUAAUUUCAGCUUGUUAUUCUGAAUAAUAAAAUUAGCAUAGGAAGCAUUCA